AUGGCUUCAUGUCGUGGUUAUUGCUUGCUCAUUUUUCUGGCGACACCGCUGCUUGGCACGAGCCAGCUACAGCUAAACGCCGGCUGCAAGGUGGAAACCUUGCACGCGUGUGGAGAAGACUACAUUCCCUUUACCAAAGGCCCCCACCUGCACGAGUCCGGGAAGGAGCUCGAAGACGGAUGCAAUUGUGAAGACGGCGUCCAAGACAGCACCAAAAAUAUAAUUGUUGCUGCACUUUGUCGUGCGCAGGCAACGCAGAGAGCACCAAGCGUGGAUUCAGUCAGAGGACACAACAGGUGUGGCCUGAAUGCAGACACCAAGGUGGUCGACGGCACCACGCUGUCCUCCAACAAGUACCCGUGGGUGGUGCGCAUCUCGACCUACUACACGCCCAUCGAGGGGUUCGACCAGAACGGCACGGACUCAUGUUCCAUCCUCAAGACCGAGAUGAGCAAGAUGAGCAGCGCCCGGCUGGUCAGCAAGAACAUGCAGACCAUCGUGUCCUUGUGCGGAGGAACUAUGAUCACCCGGAGACACGUGCUCACCGCUGGACACUGCCUGCUGCCCGAGGAGUUCAAGCCUCGCUACGUGGUCCGGUACGGCUCGUCCCGCACUUCCCGCCAGGCCACAGCGUUCGUGAGCAAGGUGUUCAAGCACCCGAACUGCCACCUCGUGAACCAGGACCGCGCCGUCGACGACGUUGCCAUACUGGUACUACGGACUGCACUGCCUUUGUCCCCGGUGUGCCUGCCCAGAGCCGGUGCGCCGCUGCCCUCGCAUGUCACCGUCGCCGGCUGGGGCAACACCAUACCGAGCAUCGACUCACUGCAGCUGCCUGAGCUGCUCAAGGAGGCCCAGAUGGAGGUGGUCUCUAAGGACAGGUGCCAGGAGGAACACUCGUACGCAAACCUGACGCACCAGAUAUGCGCCCAGCCGGCAUCCGGCUUUCCGGGAGUGGGGGACUCGGGUGGCCCGCUGAUGACCAAGGGCUCGUCUGGCGAGUGGACCCUGGUGGGCGUCGUCUCGUGGGGCAACGAGACCCGGUUCCGGUCGUCACCCUUCGUCUUCUCGGACGUCUCGGCGCUCCUCUCGUGGAUACACGACAUCGUCGCUAUGCCCGUCUGGUAGCGCAGCAGGAGGAACUGGACGCAUCGGGUGCAGGGCGGGGUAGCUGGCCUAAUAAAGGGAGCCACCGGAGUUGUUUUCAGUUUAUUGGAGUGUUUCUUGUUC